AUGUCGGACGAUCCCAGACGUGGGCGACUACGGCGAAGGCUACGACGUGGUGCUCGAGGGCGUGGGGCUCGAGACGGCGAUGGCGCGCUGGGAGGAUCGCAAGGUCAUAGGCUCUUGACGGCGGCGGCCGCGAGUGGCGAGCAGGAGCAGUUGGGGCUUGACGGCGAAUCGCGGAGUGUAGUGACCGGCUACGGACCAAUGUGGAAUGCACCACGGAAGCGUCCCCGGUACGAUACCGAGGAUAGGCAAGCAUCGGCCGGUGGAGCCAUCGCGACCUAG